AUGAUGACUCAAUCUAUGACGCCGAGAGCGACAUCGAGGCCGUCUUUGCCAUCGGCCAGGAGGUCAAGCACAGCCCAGUUUGGCAAGGCAGGGCCGGAGCCCGUGCCGGGUUUGCUCUACUACGAAUUCCUGCCGCUGGUUCGCCGUUCCAAGGCUACGGGACGUCUCGAGUUUCAGGAGUUUGAGGAUGUGCUGGAGCGAGCGAGUGACUGGUACAGCCAGGUACGCGGAUACCGCGCGGUCACCUUGGAGACAGUGCAGUUCAAGUUCAAAGACCGAGAACCGUCAGAGAAAAGCAUCCCCACCUUCGACAAGGACGGACGCAGUCCCGCAGCUGCUAAGCGCCACUACUACGGCGACGGGCUCAGGAUUUGGCUGUUCCCGUCAGAACUGCACGCUGCGGGCGGAGCGGAGCUCGGCUACCGUGAUCUACUGCCUCGACGCACCCAGGACAAGACGCAGUCAUCCUACGAGACUGUACCAGAAAUCUUGGACCGGUUCAACUACAGCCAAGCCAGCGGUCAGGACCCUGUGCCGGGAAAGAUCAUCAGCGUCGAGUCCAGGGACGUGGAAGGCUCGAACCAGAGUAACGCCUCUUGUGCUGCGAGAGCCCUCGAAGGAGACUUGCUGACGUGCCACAACAUCUUCAGCUUCAGAGUCUUCUUCUACCGGGGCAAGCCAACCAGAGAGAGGAUUCAGAUACACGACGUGGUGCCCAAACCGCUCGACUGCUACACAUUCGAGGAGUUUACCGGGGUGUUGAAGCGGGCCUCGCAGUGGCUCCAGGACCAGGGACCGCUGAGGCUGUACAAUGUGCAGACGCUCUUCGUCAAGGCUAAACUACACAUACCGCCUGGUUCGAUGCUGUCCCGGAAGGUGUCUUCCCUGGUGCGCUAUCUCAAGGUCCUGCGAGUGGUGUACACGACGUUUCCGGAGGCCUCUCUCGAGUUCACGUCACUACAAUUCCCCCGCUGUCUGUCCCAUCGAGUCUUCAUACCGUCGCUUACCGUGUCCGGAGAAGACGUCAAAGUGGCACAAGCCAUCAGGGCCCUCAAGAACAAGAUGAGUCUCUGGAGCAGCAUGUUCCGAGGCAACAUCCUGUGCGCCGAGUCCCUGACCGUGGACUUCCUGCCGUUCGGACAAGGGGCCGACGACACCAUCAACGCCUCGGUGCCGAACAGGCGGGACUCCCUGGGCCAGGCGACGGCCCGGGUGGUCCUCUAUUUUCGCGUUUACACGGACUGUCCGGACAUCCGUGCCAGGGCCAACUCCCCGGUGUCCAUGGUCACACAAUCUCAGUUCUACAGCAGCAGGGACGAAAGCCGCAGGUGCAGGAUCAUGUGA